UUAAUUGAAUACAUGGAAUAUCCGAAGCAAUCGGAUAUGAACAUAAUGUUCAAUGAUACUAUGCAAAUGCCUAAUAUCACGUUCUGUAUGUCACGACAACAAGCAUGGAGCCACUUCCAGCUGAACACUUCUAUCCAGGCUUCCGAAUGGGACGAAAAAGUACAGCAAGAAUUAAAAAAACUGGACACUCGCGAAAAAUUUCUGAAUGAACCAUGGGACUAUCGGUUAGUUGUUGAGGCCUAUGAAGUAAUCGCAACGCUGAAUAGUAUGGAACGCGAAACAACAAAUGAAGGAUCGAUUCAUUCCAUCAAUUUCUUUCGCACGCAUCCUCGACUUCAAGCAAAGCGAACUAUGGUUAAGGGUUAUGAGUCAAUACUAAAGGCCAGUUGCAGCCGUCUGUAUGAUGAAGAUGUAAGAGAUUUUAGAAAUUGGUUUGAGGAGCUAAAACGCCACGAUGUGACGUUCGAAGAAUUCACGCAAAAAGUUGGUUACGAAACAAUCAAGCAUUCAAUGCAGCGUUUCCAACGAACAACUUUCACUGAGAAUCUGACAAUCAGAACGCGCUUUAGGACAUCCUGGAUUUCAACAAUGCAGUUUUGCUUUCAGCCCUGGUUUGAUCCGGAAAAUUACUACGAAAUUGAAGAUCAGGGUAAUUUCUUCACAAUGAUACUAUCACAUAAUGUUGAAAACUUGGAAGGUGUCGAUAUCGACUGUAUGUCGGUUGAUUUUCACGGACGGCCGAGCUCCCUGUCGCGAUUUAUGGAAGGCAAAGGCCGUGCACGGGACGGCUUCAAUGAUGAUCUCUGUGUUGGAAUCCGACACGAAGUGACGGUUGAAGUGCGUGCACGAUAUAUCAUGCUAGAGAACGACGAAAAUGGUACGGCAUGUAGAAACGUUGGAGAAGAAAGUGAAUUUGAUUGCCGAUCAAGAUGCCGCAUGACAAUGAUACGGGAUAUGUGCAAAUGUACGCCGCCAACUUUAAGCUACCUUGUGCGAAACGAAAACGAGUAUUAUGUUUAUCCAAUCUGUGACUAUGAAAAAUGCGAAAUCGAUGAAAACAUUACACGGCCAAUCAAAUUUGUAGACCUGACGAUGAUUAAUCUGAACUGGGGCUCCUUCGAAUAUCUCACACUCACCCAAUACUGGGUAUGGUCAAUGCCAACAUUUAUUGCUGCACUUGGUGGAUCUAUGGGAGCAUGGCUUGGACUUUCGAUUCUCAGUUUGAUACAGGUAGUUUUUUUUUUUCCACAAAUUUCAGCAUUUUAA